AUGAUGUAUGAAAAGAAACAAGUUGAAAAAUAAUUGUGUCUGAGGGUGGGAGAAGAAUGCAUCCUCUCUUGAGUCCGUUAAGUGUGUGUACAAGAGUGAAGGGAUUGGUCAGAUCACCAUGUCUCAGAUCAUUCCAUGCUGCAUCCUCCAAUAUUACAUAUCCAGUAAAGCUUUGUGUCAUUCCUCAGGACUGCAGAAGAAAACUUCCAUGGUCCCAGAAUUAUGAAACAAAUAUUAAUCGAUCAAUAUCUUCACAGUCUAUUCGAGAUUCCAUGUCAAACCUGGUAAAAGAAUAUUUUGGGCCAGAAACACUGUUUGUGAACUCAGCAAUGAAGUCAUUAAUGUACUGUCAUGAUUUAACUGGAUUGCCAUGGUGGACUACAAUUUGUGUGGUUACUGUUGGUUUAAAGACACUUCUAGUAUUUCCACUCUCGGUACAUGGCAGGAAAGUUAAUGCUAAACUUGUUUUAAUGAAUGAGAAAAUGCUAAAGAUACUUCCAGAGUUAGAGAGAGAGGUGCACAUUGAAGCUGUAAGAAAAGGAUGGACCCAAGAGGAGGCGAAAAUGGUAUUUCAUGUCAAUAAAAAGAAGAUUGUAAGAGAACAUUACAUAAAAGAGAACUGUCACCCAAUGAAAGGAUUUGCUUCUUUGUUAACCCAGCUUCCUCUUUGGUUGUCUGUUUCCUUUGCUUUGAGGCAUUUAUCUGGCUCAUUUUAUUGGGCAAGUAAAACUGAAGCAUCUAAAUAUGUAGCCAUAGAUAUGCAGAAUGAAGGAGUGCUGUGGUUCACCAGUCUUUUUCAGCCAGACCCAUUCUACAUUUUACCAGUCAUUCUUCUGUCAACAAAUCUAGCCAUUGGUGUAAUAAACCUUUAUGAACUUAGGAAAAUGAAGAGAGGAAACUUAGCCAAAAUACUGACAGGAAUGAUGAUGUUUUAUUCAGUAGCGAUAUUCUCAAUUAGCAUCCUAAUGCCCUCAUGUAUUACAUUUUAUUGGUCAACAUCAGCUAUUUGCAGUCUUGUACAACUGUUAUUACUCAAUAACCUAAAGGUGCAAAAGGCCCUCGGAAUACCUGAUGUGAGGCAUCUAAUGUUAAAGAAAAUUAAGAAAACCAGCAACAUUCUGGACGGACAGACAAAAGUGGGUGGUGCUUCUCCACACACCGGAGGAAGGGACGAAAAACCACCCCAAUUUUCUGGCUCAAGUGCUCAGGCACUUUCAGCUUCUCGAUGGGUUCCUCCCAGCACACUUAGGAGAGAUGGUCCUAGCCAUGAUGAACGCACAGAUUUUACCUUUCGACGAGUCAGGGGAAUACUUAAUAAACUUACACCGGAAAAAUUUGACAAACUCAGUUUAGAACUUCUCAAUGUAGGAAUUGAGUCCCAAGUUAUCCUUAGAGGAAUUAUUUUAUUGAUUUUUGAAAAAGCUCUUGAUGAACCCAAGUAUAGUUCUAUGUACGCACAGUUAUGCCAUCAACUAUGUGAAGACGCUCCAAAUUUUGAACAACCCUCAUCUAACAUCACAACCUUCAGACGACUUCUUUUAAACAAGUGCCAGGAUGAAUUUGAGAACAGAUCCAAGGCCACUGAUGUUUUUGAUCGCCGAGACAGCCCCCUUACACCAGAUGAAGCAGAACAGUAUCAUAUUGCCAAGCAGAAAAUGCUUGGCAAUAUCAAAUUCAUUGGAGAACUUGGGAAACUGGAAAUGCUUCAUGAAGGUAUUCUACAUAAAUGCAUUAAACAGCUUCUGGAGAAGAAGAAGAACAUCGCUAUGGAAGACAUGGCUGAAGACCUCGAGUGUCUGUGUUACCUAAUGCGCACCGUCGGACGACGUCUUGACACCAACAAGGCUAAGUCCUGGAUGGAUCAAUAUUUUGCACGAAUGAGGUCAUUCGCUAACAGAGAAGAACUGCCUUCCAGAAUUCGAUUCAUGCUUCAGGAUGUACAAGAACUCAGAAACAAUAAUUGGAAACCGCGCCAUAUCAACAGAGAAAAUGGACCUAGGACAAUUACAGAAAUACGAAAAGAAGCCGCUGAUGAGGAGGGUGAAUAUUAUCCGAUGCCACAACAGAAUCGGAUGUAUGGAGGGAGGCAGAUGAAUGGGAAUAUGCAGGGCUGGAUGUCUGGACAGCAGGGAAACAUGGGGGAUUUAUUUGGAAUGUCAGGUCCAGGCAUGAUGAUGGGUUCAAUAGGGACAGGACCCGGUGUGAUUAAUGACAUGCCAGGUUACCUGGGAGGUAAACAGAGAAUGAUGCAGCAGCAGGGACAGGGAUUCAAUAAAUUCAAUAAUCAACAAAGGGACCCGGGGAUGCAGAGGAGACAGAAUGGGGGAAGCCCCACCAUGGGGCGACACUCCCCACAAAAUCAGCAACAGUUUCAGCCACCACACAAUAAUGCACCUAGAGAUCUGCCACCAAGGUUUGUCAAAUUAGCACAACAGCAGCAGUCACAGACUGCUCCUCCGGGUGCAAUGAAUGGAACAGCUGUUGUCAUAGUACCUCCUAAUGAAGAAAUCAGCCUGAGACCAGCCAAAAACUUUAAUGUUUUUAAGCCUAACUCGCCAAGUAAUUUGCCAAGGUCAACACAUCCCACAGCACCACCAGUAGGUUCUAUGAGAAUGACUGCAGCUCCGGAUCCACCAAAGCCUCUACUCAACAAACAGCCACAGAUAACUAUUAAACAGGUGGAAAGUAAAGAGAAGCCCAAAUCCAACAAAAAAUUUACGCCUAGCAAGGAUGAAGCACAGAAGAUUGUGGAGAAUUUACUGACUGAUUACUUGGCGAAUGGUGAAACCAAUGAAGCAUUGACAGCUUUCAAGGACAUGUAUGCUCCCAAAAAAUACAUACCAGAGUUGUUGAUGAAGAUGAUGAAGAUGACAGUGGAGAAGACAGAUGAUGACAGGGAGAAGAUGAUGACAUUGAUCUCAGCAAUGAAAGCUGACAAUCUCAUCACUUCAGACCAAACCAUGGAGGCACUUCAGUCAGUUUUUGAACAGAUGGGUGAUAUGGAGGCUGAAUUCCCCUUGAUAAGGUCAUAUGUCUCUACAUUUGCUGCCAUGAGUAUCACAGGUCAGGUAGUGACCUUGAAUGAGCUGGCGGAACCCCUGGAGAAUGGAGCUUACUAUCCUUUAUUCCUGAUCUCACUCCAACAGAUGCACAAAAUCAAGGGCAAAGACUGGCUCGCUAACCUAUUUAAUGAGAGUAAACUGGACUUACUGAAAAUGUUGCCAGAAAUUGAUCAGAGAAAAGAGCGCAUGAUGGAAAUCUUGGAAGACAGGGGGCUGAGUUUCUUGUUCCCCCUUCUGCGAGUUCAGUCAGAGCUGUGGAAGGAAAUGCAGACAGAACCUAGUGCCACGGCUUUGUUCAAGUGGAUCAAGGAGCAUGUCAACACUGAUCUCCAGUACACGUCAGGAUUUCUGAAUAUUCUUACUACAAGUUUGAUGAAAUAUGUAACUCAAGAUUCAACUCUUGGGGAUGAUGUAGAUAUCACAGUAGCCCCAGAAAAGACACUGAUAGACAAAGAAAAACAGAAUUUGGAGAAAAUGAAGGGAGUUUUGCAGAUGUUUCUACAUGAACAUGUUGAUCUGCAAAUUGCUGCUCUUUAUGCAGCUCAAGUCUUUUGUUACUCUCAUGAAUUUCCAAAAGGUAUGCUGUUACGUUUCUUCAUGAAUUUAUAUGACAUGGAAGUUGUUGAAGAGGAAGCUUUUCUGAAAUGGAAAGAGGAAGUUAAUGACCAGUAUCCAGGAAAGGGGAAGGCUUUGUUCCAGGUGAACCAGUGGCUGACAUGGUUAGAGCAAGCUGAAGAAGAAAGCGAUGAAGACGAGGACUAAACACUGUAAAAGUUUGUUGCAAUUGGCAAAGAUAGGCAGAUGAAUAUGGAUUAUUUUUUAUCUUGGAUGUUGUCAUCCUAUUUUUGAUCAACAUCUUUUUGUGCACUCUAAACUCAGAUGCUGUAACAUUUGUGCAUAGACUUGAAGAAGCUUAAACAAAUUCAAUAAAAGUCAUAACAAUGAAAUACAUGUAAUAGCAUUACCAUGGAGAGACCUGCUAUUCUAAAAAACAGGAAAUUGGAUAUUUUGUGCAGAGGAUUCAAGCCAUCUGUAGACUGCAUUUGUUGAAUCUGAAACUAAAGAUGUUUAUCACAGGAGAAAUUGAUUGUAUUUGAUUCUACUUUUGUUUGAACUCAUUUUGAAAUUUUAUUCACAUGAUUUGAAAGAAAAUUAUAUUCACACAUAAAAAAAGAAGUUAUUAUGCUUUGUUGAAAAUAUGCCAUGUAUUAUUUAUUAAGUUUGAGUGCAGUUGGACUAAAUGAACUCUCUUGUUUGCUAGGUUUUUUAAGGAAUGAUUGAACAGUUUCAAAAGAUAAAUUUUGAUUUGUAUCCAUCAUAUUUUAACUGAAUUGGGAAGUUUUUUUUUUUUUGAAAGGGAGCAAAAACUGGAAGUAAAAUCCUGGGCUCUUUGAAAAUGUUAUUUGAGAAAAUGUUGUUUGAAAACAGAAGUUGCAUUUUGAUUAAGAGUUAAAUAUAUAUGUAGAAUUUUCACUUUGCAAAAUGUGAGCAUUUGGUAUGCAAUUACAUGUAAACUAAUGAUAUAAAGGAUGGGUGUUUGGUGAAAAAAAUACAUUUAGGUAAUGGGUGUGUUUUACAUUUUAUAUCCAGGAUUGACUUAGCUAUAUGUUUUUAAAAAGGUUUUGUAUUUGCUUUCAAGUAUUUUAAACAUUCAUAUUGUAUUUAGCAACUGAAUCUUUUUUCUCUACUUUUGUCACAGGAAAGUUUAUUGAGAAAGUACAUUAAAAUGUAAAAUGUUCAGAAGA